UCUUCGUCCCGACACCGCCGACAUUCGGUAGUAUACGACCGUAACGCGGAGUAACCGGCCGCACCAGCAGCACCGAAGACACACACACACACACACUUAGUACAUAUUAUCGCGCGAUGACCGGCGCCGCCGCCUCUCGAUUUUUCACGGUCCAAUAACAUACGCGCGUCACAUCGGUCGGUCUUGUCACAAGUCGCCCGCACAGCGGUCGUCACUAUAUUUUCGCAGUCGCUCUGCAGACCACCCGACGUCACUGCCGAUCCUCUCCACAUUAUCAUAUUUUUCUGCGAGCCGACGUUUAUCGUUUAUCGUUCUCGUCGCCGCAACACGACGUACGUGUCGCAUCAGCUCUAACCUGACGAGAACAAGAUCAAUAAACGCGCGCAGUCCCGCGAUGGCCAUCGCCGCAGCCGCAGGACCGCGGUGCCGGCGGCCGCGGAUGACGAACAGGACGACGCGGGCGAUGGCGACCGUCGUCGCGCUGGCGGCCGUCGUCUGCGCCGCCGUUACAGGCGCGUCGGCCAUAACGACGAAACCGUCUCCGACGGCCAUCAUCAAGACCACUUUGCAGAUAUCGCCGACUGUGGACGACAAGACCGCCGCGAAGUCGGGAGACCGCCAACAACCGCACCAGCCGUCAUUUGCCGCGCGCUAUUGGCAGCAACGUGAAAUCGCCAACGGGCCGUCGUCUGUGCAAGUCGAUGACGACGACUACUACGUACAGCAGCCGCCGCACAAGCUUUCGGCCGUCCAGCAGACUCACAUACUGGACGAUAUCCGUCGGCACAACCAGCCACAGCAGUGGUGGACCGCAUCGGGUGCAUCAUCGACAGCACCGUCAUCCACACCGACCAUCAUACCGGCGGACGGCAGCGAUGACAGUACCGAACAGCAUCAGGACUCUACUGUCGACCAACUGCAGCAACUGUUGCAGAUCAACGGUGUGGCCGAUGACCACAACGCAGUCGCGGACAAUCUGGACGACGACCGUCACAGCAAACAGAGGUCCAUCGGUGGUGGGGGCGGCGCGAGUUGGCCACCGCAGCCGUACAACAACCACAACAGACAGCAGCAACCGUCCUUAUCGCCUCCGCCCGCACCAGUGACGACCAUUCCGCACGGCCAUCAGUACAACCAGAACCACCAACAACACCAGCAAUACUAUUCUACAACGUCGGCCGGCCCCACAGUACAACAACACCACCAACACCACAAUCACCAUCAUCCACAGCAGCAGCAAAUAUUCGUCACGACGCCUCCGCCGGCAGUGCAAGUUUCUACGACGUCCAAUAUUCCGCAGCGGCACGUCAGCCAGCAGUACAUACCGCUGAGCACUAAGCCGCAGCAACCGCAACCGCAGUAUUACCCGCAACCGCAACAACCGGCUCUGGUAUCCGCGGCUGUCAAUAACGGGGACGGCGAAAACGACGACCACAGAGGUGGCGGUGGGUUGGACGCAGACAUCGAACAGCAGAUCCGCCAGCAGUUGACGGCCGUCGUGGGUGCCGGUAACGGUGGAAAUUACACGAUACUCACUUCUCCCGGUGGAGGUGCUGACCAUCAUCGGUUGACACAGCACGUCGCCGGAUCUGCGUCCAACGACCACUUGCAGUACGUGAAGAUCGGCGGCGGUUCCGGAUCGUCUCAGUCUCGAAAUCGGUUACAGCAACAGAUAGAGACGAGUACGAUUUUCGCGGGCGCCGCGUCGCCGAACGUCGGCGGUGCCGUCAACGCGGCCGGAGGUGGCAGGAACACGAUCGUCAAAACCGUCGUCGUCCGACAAAAACCGCAGCCCACGGCCGCUCCACAGACCGUCGCACCGCCGGCCGUCUCCGUUAUGGGCGCGGCUCCAAUGCAGCCCUGGACGGUUAGCGAACAGCAGCAACUCGAACAGCUGGCCCGGCAAGUGUUGCCGCCCGGCGUCGCACAGUACGAGAUUAUACGCGCCGGUGGCGUCGACGGCGGUUUGGCCGCCAAGGGUGGUGGUGACGCGACGGCCGCGGCGACGGUCGAUAACGGCGCGGCGUUCCCGGCCGGUGGCAUAGCGCAACAGGCCCUGCCGACCGGCGGCAAAAAGAAACCGGUGACGUUCGUCAUCCUGGAGGAGCGGCCGGACGGCACCGUACGCGUGCGCGGCAUCGAAAAAAAGCAACAUGUAAGCGGCGUCCCGUCCGACGGCAGCGACGCACCGGCUGACGUGGUCGGUACAUCUGCGGCAGCCGACGAUGAACAGCUCCAGCAGCUGGUGGACAGGCUGAACCGGGGCGAACUCCGGCUGCCGUCGGUCGGCCCGCCAUCUUCGUCGUCGUCCAAGACUAGCGCACCGGACAGCGCGGCGGUGGCCAGCACCACGGCCUCGACCCCGCUCCCAGCAUACGUCCCCUCGUUCCCGUCCACCGUACUGCCACAGUCGACGUUGCAGCCGACCGGCGGUAACGGCAUCAGCGCCAAUAAUAAGCGCCGCGAACCGCCGCCGCCUUCGUAUUUUCCCACGGUUGCUCCCCAAACAACUACUACCGCACUACAUCAGCACCAAUACCAAAACUUUUUCCUUCCCACCGCCGUACCGACCGAAUCUGUAGCCGUCGAAACGACCGUCGGACAGCAACAGCAGAAGCAACAUAACAAGUACCACCAACACCACCAUCAACAACAACAACAACAACAACAACGACAACAACAGCAACAGCAACAGUUUUACACACCGCCGACAGUUACCACGUCGACGUCUUACACGUCACCGCCGGUAAAUUCGACUUUGCCAUACUUCAACAAAAACAACAACAAGGCCGGGAAAGAAGGCAUGUUCAGUGGUGCUCUCCGUCGCCGUGGAUAUUACGCUAUGGCCAAAUACAUGCGACAAGCCGGUGUGGAUGCUGUGCUCGAAGAGACAGGUCCGUUUACUGUGUUUGUACCAACGGACAAGGCGUUCAGAGCACUAUUAGUGCAGUUGGGUGGUCCAGAUCGUGCCGAAGACAAGUUCCGCGAAAACCCACGUUUGCUGAUAGGGCUUUUAUUGCACCAUGUUGUGCCCGGAGCAUUCAAAGUGUCUGACUUGAUGGCAGGAGACGAAAUGACCGGCGUUAGUUUGGCAGGCACACAGCUCCGUGCAAAUUUGUACGCCCGACAACUAUACGACAACCGAUGGAAUGAUAUCGAAGUGCUUACCAUCAAUGGUGCCCGAGUGUUAGACGACGUUAAUCCGACGGCGACUGCAGCGGCUAACGAUGGUUCUACUUCCGAUGACGGGAGCAGUGGGCCCACUCAACAGCGUAGGGACAUGAUAUUGUCGUCAAAUGGAGGCACAGGAGGAGGCAAUCAACAACAGAUCAUGGCUAUAGGACAUGCAGUUGACCGCGUAUUGUUCCCAUUGCCGGUUGGCGACGUACUCGCCACCAUGAGAGCCGACCGGCAGCGGCGGUACAACGUCUUCUUGCGAGCCGUGGAUGAGCACUGUUCGCCUAACGUCCGAUCGCUACUAACUGGUUCAAGAACUGUGACAGUGUUUGCGCCUGUAGAUGAAGCGUUCCGCAUACGCCGUGGUUCUGGAAAUUAUAGCAGCAGCAGCAGCAGCAGUAGUGGUUCAAUAAUCGAUUGGAUGCUUAACGAUGACACCAGCAGUAGGUUCAAAAAACGAAAUCGUCGGCGGUUAGCUGAUCGGUUUGUGCUCAGCCACGUGGUGUUGGCAGGACCAGGUGACCCUCCCAUGUACACGGCCGGAUUGAGAUUUUACCAGGUCAGGGACACUGCCUAUCGGCUUCCAGAAGGCGGCGAUUCUACAACAGCAACAGAGGACGACGACGAAGGUGCAGCUGAAGAAUUCAACGGUGGCGGAGAUGAUGGAAAUUUAACAUUUUCACCUAAUGAUGGUGAAAAAUCUCGUUUCUAUCAGUUGACAGUGUACAAAGACUCAGGCAGGAUACGGCUGAACGGUGGUGCCGCUCAGGUGUUGGUUCGCAACGUCCCGGCUACCAACGGUGUACUACACGGAUUGGAUGCACCACUAGUCUGAUGGAUGACAUCUCAAAAGAUAGGAUGGUGGACAUGAUGAUUCAUCGAAGACAACACCUGUACAGGACGCCUGCACACAAUAACGGCAUUGUCGAGUGACCGUUUUUAUUUAUUAAUUAUUAUUAUUUUUUAUAAUUUAUGUUAUACCUAUUACUUAUAUUAUAUUGUAUACUCUUUUUUUUUACAUUUUCAUUUAUUUUGUAUACACUAUUGUAGUAGGUUUCCUACACACUAUUAUUGUAAUGUUUUCCCAGCGUAUUUCGUAUUAUAAACGUUUAAAUAAUAUUUGAUAUUAACGUAAUAUACACGAAUUCGCCUCAUGA